UGGCGUUAGUAAAAGGAUAAGGACUCAAAUGAUAUUUAUUAAAAGGUUAGUGCUAUCCUUACAAUUUACCCGUUUAAUUUGAUCCGCCACCAGCAACGGCAUAAAUCGUAAAAACAAGUCCAAUCAAACCCAUUCACAGACGCAAUGUCUUCUUCCGAUCCCAACAAGCUCAUCUCCAAAGCCGACAAGCUAACAAAGCUAAGUCUCACAAGGUGGAGUACUGAUUGGAAAAGUGCUACUCUUUUGUAUGAACAAGCUGCCAAUGGGUUUCGAGUUGCAAGAGAUUACGAAAAUGCAAAGUUGGCAUUCGAAAAAGCUUCCAAAGGACAAGAGAUGCAAUCCUCUCCUUGGGAUGCUGCUAAGCACAUGGAGUCUGCCGCUGCUCUAGCAAAGGAGCUACGCAACUGGACUGAAGUUAUUGACUUUUAUAGAAGGGCAUCUGAACUGUAUAUGCAAUGUAACAGACCACAACCUGCAUCUGAUUCACUUGCCAAGGGUGCCCGUGCUUUGGAGGAUGCUUUGCCUGAUGAUGCCAUUCAGCUGUAUACUGAUGCUUGUGUUAUUCUCGAAGAAGACGAUAAGGAACAAAUGGCCUUUGAUCUAUAUCGUGCUGCUACUAGUAUCUAUGUAAAACUUGAGAAGUACACGGAUGCUGCAACUUUCCUUCUGAGAUUGGGCUUAGCAGCUGACAAGUGCAAUGCUAGAAAUAGUCAAUGCAAGGCCUAUCUUAGUGCAAUUAUUGUGUAUCUUUAUGCUCAUGACUUAAAGCAAGCAGAAAAGUGCUACAAUGACUGUUCUCAAAUUGAUGCUUUCUUAAGAAGUGAUCAGAACCGCUGUGCUAGUAAACUUCUUUCUGCUUACACAGAAGGUGAUGUAGAAGAAAUCAAACGUGUGGCUCAGUCAAGUACUAUUUCCAAUCUUGACAAUGUGAUCAUAAAGCUUGCAAGGAAGUUGCCUACUGGUGAUGUAAGCGUGUUUAAGGCUGAUGCCACUAAAGAUGAGCAAGAAGCACUGGAUGAAAAUGAUCUCACUUGAAUAUAACUUCACGUUUGUCUCAUCGUCUGCAUAUUGGGUGUUUGUGUGCACAUACAAUCCUUUUGUGUAAUUACAUAGAAACAUCUUUGGUUUUAUUUUGCUUAAGUCGUCGUGUUUUACCAACUUAAAUGGUGUUCAUCUUGUAAGCAGUUGCUUGUUAUAUGAUCGGAUCGAUUCUUGUCUAACAAGUUCACAUCCAAGAAUCAGAUGAAUAUUUCUUUUGUUCAUAUGAGGCUAUAGCCCGAAAAUAAAGGAAGGAGUUGCAAUUGACUGUA